ACAAAUAACAGAAAUUGGAAGAAAGAGCAGAAACCAUGGAAAGAGGACAGAAAUCAUAUAUGUUUGCCAUAGAGGUCAGCGGUAUGCCACCGUACAAAGGAAAGAAAAUCAAAAUGGCGGAUUUGAACCCUUACUUGAGUAGCGAUCCUUCGGCGAAAGACAGGUGGAUAGUUAUAUAUCCAGCGUAUUUAAACGGUAGGAAGACAGUAGUGCAAGGCCGACGUGUACCUAAAGUCAAGUCUGUAGAUAAUCCAACUGUCUAUGAGAUUCGUGAUGUCUGCCAAAGUCAAGGUCUGGAAGUUGGAGUUGAGGACAAGAUGUAUCCCAGAGAUAAUUCAAAAGAUGCUUUAUGUAAAGGAAGGGUCAGAGUCCAACUUAAGAACUCACAAAAUCUACCAAUAAAUGAAAAAUUUCAGAACAGAAAAGCUCUUUUGCUAUUUCUUGGUGAAAUGAUCCCCAAACUAAAAUCAAGACAGACUAAAUCAGGACAAUCUGAUGGUAACAGUCAACAACAAUCAGCUGCUGCCAAGAAAAAGAAAGGCAAAAAAGCUAAAGCCAAAUAAUAAUAAAAUAAUUUAUUUAAAACACCAGAGUUAUGUCAUGUACAGUAGUAAUACAUGCAACACUGUGAAACACAAAUUAUGCUUUUACUUUUAAGGUCAUAGCUGUUUUGUGUGGACAAAGAAAAUAAAUCCCUGUCAAGACAAAAAAGUUGAAUGAGUUCUUCAUUUCUUCUAUAUGCUUGGCCAAUUCUUGUUUCAUUUUCCUCAAUACUCCAGCUUUAAUUUCUGUUGCACAGGGUUGGUCUCCUUUUUGUGUCUAAUACCUCCCCCCCUAAAUAGCCCCAGUCCAAGAGCACUGAAAAAGAAUAAAUGACCCCCAGGGGGCUUAUUAGAGGAAAUACAGUAUUCAUGUGUUCCAGUGAAGGUCCAUGGAAUUUUCAAGUGUUUGUAUCUUGUUGAAGUCAUGCAUUCUUUACUUUACUGCAGUGUUCUUACCAGGCCGCGCCAUUGCGGGAUUCGCGCAUAAAAAUCAGAAAUGGCGCACAAAUGUCAACUCUAUGUGCCCCCAAGGGCGCAUGAAUUAUCCAAAGAAUACUUCCUGAUAGUUAUAAGAGAUUUAUAGUACUUUUGAAAUAAUAAAAGUCGAUAAACAAGGUGAAAGUCCACAUGAAACGGCAUGAAUCGGACAUAGCCGCCAUUUAGUAUCUCACUCGCCAAGAGGUCUGGGACUAGUCUGUGUUAACUGUUUAUUGAAGACUCAAGUAUGGCUGCCCAGCGAAAUUUUAUUUAAAACUGUCUUACAUUAUUGUAGAUUUGCAACAGUUACUGGCUAAAAACAUUAUUAUUCUUUGUUUUAAGAUUUUGGAAAUGGCAUAUCCAGUUUUCUAAAUGGCCCCUAAAUUUCGGAUUGGUGGGCCCUUUGACCCCCUGAAAGAAAUUCCUGGUCAGAACACUGUUACUGUAAUUUGGUAUUUGUAAAUACUUUGACACUUAAAUGAGGCUUACCCAGAGUAAAUAGUAAACCAUUUAUUUACAAA